UCUAUAAAAAAAUAAUAUUUUUCAAGUCCAUAAUAAAUUCAAAACAACCAUAUAUCCAUAAUUUUACAAAACUCAAAUUUUACUAAAACCUAUCAUUUUUCAAAUUUUACAUCUCGUCCAAUCAAGAGUCGAAACGCUAGUGACCUUUUUGCCGUUUCCCUACAUUCCUUCCCGCCAGCGCGCCCUCCGAAAUGACUAAGCCAUCCUCACUCAGAAUCGCUGCCGCCACAUAUGCAGCAUUUUUUCAAUCUCAGCCGUCCACUUCUUUCGCCUCGCACCACAUGGCGCCACCUCAGCAAAACCCUUUUCUCCUCACCUCUAUUUAAAUCCACUAGACCCAACUUGCUCUUCGGUUCUGCGAUCUUCUUCAAAUAAGACUGCCCGAACUCAACCGAGGAACAAAACCAUCAAAACGACGCGUCGUUUGAAGGAAAUGGAGAUCAGGCAUCUGUCCGACGACCCUGAAGUCGAAGCCGCUGCCGAGGAAUCACUCGCAGCAUCCAUCCCCAAAAGCAGGACGCCGCGGCCGCCGCCGGCGAGCGUUUCGCACGGAUUGGUAUCGAUUAUGGGCCGGAAGAGGACGAUGUCGGACGCGGCGACGGCGGUGCCGCGGCUGGAAAUUGGCGGGUUCGGGAAUUGCUUCGAUUUCUUCGCCGUCUACGGCGGCUCCGGCGCCGGCGUGUGCCAAACCACGAUGCAUCUCACGGUGGCAAUGGAAGCGGACAGGAUGAGAGGGGAAUUCUGCAGGGGAUGGGAAUACUGGAACAGAGUGAUGGGCAGCAGCUUUCAGAAGAUGGAGGACGAGGUUCGCGACGACGACGGCUGUGGGUUGAAAUCUGGGCGGUGGACGGCGGUUGUGGUGAUGGUAGGGAAGGAAGAGCUAGUGGUGGCUGAGAGUAACAACAUCGCCGGAGAAUAUUGUAGAGCUGUUCUGUUUCGCGGUGGAGUUGCCCUUCCUCUGUCGCGCGAUCAUCAAAACAGAGUAAAGUCCGAUGACCUCUCAACCCUCUCAAAACGCAAGAUCAGAAGAAGAAAUCGGCGAAUUGGGUUCGGAUGCCGGAAUCCGCACAUUAAAUUCCAUCCAAUUCUUGAACGAAUUCGGUCUCUCUCCAUUUCUACUACUUCUAGGCUCAGACGUCGUUUGCACGAUCCGGCGCCGGAGGCAGAGCGAAAACAGGGGAAGGGCAUAAGUUGGAACCUCAACCGCGACAUCGAUGGAGUUAUUGGAGAUACUAGUCAUCGUGAUCGCCGUCAUCGGGUGAAGCCGGCGGUGACAGUUAUGGAGCGGGGAGAAUCAAUGGGGGAAUUCGUGGUGAUCGGAUCGAAGGGGUUGUGGGAUGUGGUCUCUAAUGAGCUAGCCGGGGAUAUCGUCGCGAAAUGUUUCAACGGCGGAAUGAGGAUGAGGUUUGCCGACGACACGACGGAGAACUGUGCAUCGGCGGCGGCGGCGGCUUUUCUGGCGGAGCUGGCGGUGGCGCGAGGGAGCAAGGAUAAUGUCAGUGUUAUAGUCGUCGAGCUGUAGCUAUAUGGAGUUUUUCUUAAAGUUUUGGUACGUGGAAAUUGGAGUGAGGAUGGAUCAAGGUUCUCAAACCGGUUUACGCCGGUGUGCCGGUUUUAUAAGUGGAAUGGUCUGACCGUGGUACAACCAGUAUUCAUGCCGGUUGUGCCGGUUUUAAUAAAAUACAUGAGGAAAAUGAAAAUCCUCAAUUCCAAAUAAAUUAUUCAUAAAAAAGCAAUUAGAAGAAUUAUUUCACACAAAAUAAUUUAUAGCUAAGAAUUGGUAACUAAUACUAAACAAUUAAAUGCUUAAAAAUAAAAUUUUAUUAAAUAAAUUUUAUUAAAAAUUAUAAUGAUUUGUGUAAAAUUUAGUAUUAGAUAUAUAACAUAUAAGGUUAAUAUAGACAACAAAAUUGCUUGUAGCCUACUGGUGUACAAGUUAUACUAAAAUGAACAAGAGGUCCUUGGUUCAAAUCCUAUGGAUGAUUUUUAUUUUUGGAUAUAAUAUGGGUAACAUUAAAUUCCGGUUUCUGGUCUAACCGGCCGGAAUUUCCGGAUUUGACCGGAUUUGACCACAAUUAAAUAUCGGCCCCUUUCCAGCCGGUUUGCUGACCGGUAACGGUUGAACCGGCCGGCAUGAAACCGGUUUGACAACCAUGGGAUGGAUGAUUAGAAGGGAAGGUUUUUUCAUCUUAUUGUAGUUUGUUUAGAUUGUGUCGAAUAGAGUUUUGAUUCUAGUUUGGGAUGAGUUUGUUAAUAAAUAAGUCAGGUUCAACGUCGCUUUAUAUUAAAAUUUUGUCUCGUAGUCGUUUGGACGAGGAAUUCUAAUGGAUCAAUCUGACACAAUUGUCUCGUUUUGAGUCAAUUGUGCUAUAUUGAUCCGUUUGGCAGCUAAAAAUUUGGAUGAAGCAAUUUGGGCUGGGGAAUUCUGAAUUGACUCAUUUUGAGCCAAUUACAAUUGUCUGGGGUGGGGGCAGGUAAUCUGAAUUGACUCGUUUUAAAUGACUUGUUUUGUAAAAUGAAACAAUUGAUCAAAUUGUCUCGUUUUACAAUUGAUCCAUCCAAACGACCCUACACUUUUGGCAUUGUCGUUAUGUAGGUCUAUCUAUAUAUAAGGGGGUUUGAGAGAAAUAGAGAGUGAUUUGUUUGGAAGUGAGUGAGAAGUAUAAAGGAGGAAAAGAUCUCUCGACUUCUCAAAUUGUUGUUUGAACGUCUUUGUUACUCUUAAUUUCGUAGUCUUUUUGUCUUUGUUUCAUUGUUGUAAACUUUACAACGCUUUUUUUGUGGUUUGUGAAAAAAGGCUAACACUCUAAUCACAGCAGGUUGAUUAGAGUGCUCGUUCACUUCGAUUAUGAGUUAGUCGUUCACUUUCUUUCUAAAUAAUUCGACAAUUUUAGGGUAAAUUUAAUUUCGAAUGAGUGCUCGUUCAACCCAUCGGCGGAUUUAGGGCUGGGCCAACCCGGGCCACGGCCCAGUCCUCCGUCGGAUCCAGAGCCAGUAUAGAGCUUAUAAAAUUUUCGAUUUAGGUAUUCGGCCCAGUAUUAUUUAAUGGUUGAUCGAGUGUGUAGUUAGAAAAAUGGUAUAGAUGAACAUAUGCAAAUCAUUACUCUCAAUUUAGUUAAGUAAUUCUAGCGCGAAUGAUUUUCAUUUGAAAAAUAAAAAUAAAACCUAAAAGUCUAAAAUGUAAAAGAAUGUAUAAAGUUUCAUUGAAAUA